GUGCCUGUCAGUCCUCCAUUACAGGACCCCAAAGUAACAAUGAACCGAACUAACAAGCCAGCGUAGGAAACCAACCAAAUCCAAAUACUACUUGUAGGAGCCACGCCAUAAACUAAACUCUAUCCCCGCCCCAGCCACCGGUCCCGAACUGAGUUAUGGAAGCCCCGCCCGUUCGUACUAAUAGUAUUGUAAGUGUAGAUUCCUCAGCCGGCUGGCGGAACUGCGCAUGCGUACUGCUCUUUCCUGGAGUUUUGCUGCUGGGUCGCCAACAAGUUGCAAAUUUCAUUAGAUGCGCUCAGCCCGGCCGGGAUCGCGUCACUGAGCCGGUACCGGGAACCGCACGGUCACACCGGGGCUCGGAAACAGCAGUGAGCAAGGAUAUGGAAUGGAUGCCAUAGUCAACCACAACUGUGAUGGGAUCAGCCUGAUUAAGGUGAAGGAAGAAACCAAAUUUGUGCUUGAAGCCUUUUUAAAGAGAUCCUUGAGCCAAGAAGACGCCAGCAAUGUGGGGCACGUGGGACGCACUUACCAUGACCCUAAAAAAUACAGCAACAGGUUGAAUCGAGAUGAGGGGAAGGAAGUAUCUUCAAAGAAACCUCAGAAAAGUGAGAAAAAGAAGUCAAAAGAACCUGCCCAAGGAAAAGAUGAGAAAAGCUGGAGCACAGUUGCUGGUGGAGCGUCAGCUCAGGAGGAAAAUGGACACUGGAAUUCUCUUCAUGAAGAGAUCAACCGGGUAGAAGAGACCAAGCACGACUUCAAGACAAACAUUAAGAAGCUCCUGCGACGAAACAGUCAGUUGAAGGAGAAAGCAGCCAGCAUUAAAUACAAGGGGGGAAACAUUCACAGCAAAUCCAGGGACUCGCUAGACAAUGUGCUGGAUGACUCCAGUAAAAGCGCCAGCAAAAGAGAUUCCUUGAAGCGACCCAAAUCCCCCAACCCUUUACUCGCUUGUACUGUAGCGGGCUCUGUUGACUCCUUGGUGCUGGAGGCCCAGACUAAGACAGAGAAUCCAGACAAAGAUAUUCAGGGGGUGCAAAAGAAACAGAGUCGACCUUUUUCCAUUAAAAAUAUUUUAAAGAAAAAGCAGAAAGAUCACGGAUCAGAGGCAGAUGUUCCACAUGCAAGACCGAGCUUUCUGCCACUGGACCCUUGCUACAAAAAAGAUGACCCACAUUCGCGUGCUCAGGAUAUCGGGAAAACUGACGAGGCUGAAAUUUACAGUUUGGCUGCAAAGAAGUUGGACAAACUAGUGAAACACCAGAGGCUGAAGAGCCCAACGGCAACCACUGCUCCGCCAUUCCCGCCAAGUGCUGAAAAAAGUGAUGAAAAGACACAGUUAAUUGAAAACAACAAUGACGCAGGAAGCAAAGUUUCACAUCCCGAAGGUAAAGACGAGGUUAUUCGCCAGCUGGUAGUGCUGCUUCAAGAGCAGGCGAAUGUCAUCAACGAUAAGAUUAACAGUGAUCCCUUUUUAAGAAACACGCUCAGCAGGAUGUCGUAUGGCAGCUUUUCAAAGCUAGCAGAGGUCUUUACUAGCCAGGCCGAGGUACCAACUGAAGUAGCUGGAGUCCGUGUGAGCCCUGAACUGACAAAGAUUGCCCUUACUAUGGAGCUAACCAGGAAGGUUGCUGGAAUCAACAGCCAUGCUGUGCACCAGCUGAUGGGCUAUAGUAUGGCAUACAUGGAUAUGUUUGUACCGUGGCUACAGAAGCAAGGGGGCUGGGAGAACAUUAUUUCUCAAGAUGAUAUUCCAGACUUUCAAAUUGAUUAAAACCAGAAACUCUCGUCUACCUCAGAGCCGCAGCACUUAAGGUGUGAAGCUGAUAGUGGUCUUUUUAUCUAUUCGGCUCUUUUGGGAACUACACAAGCCAGAAGAGUGGAUGUGUGCCACAAUUAGGUGCUGGUGGCAUUUGGCUGCUUAAAUGACUUGCAAAAACAAGAGAAUGUUUUGUACAACUUUAAGAAAACCUCAGGGGAUGAUUCUUGUCAAUCCUUUUUUUACUUCAAAUUUUUAAAAAAAUAUUUUUUAGUUGACACUUGAGCCAAUUGUGUUUUCUCAGGAAGAGAAGGUUUUGUUGCUACCUAAUAACAACGGUUCAAAGAAAGGAUGUCCUAUGUUAAAAUUGCAGCAUUUGCAUUUAUAUACAGUACGUACUAGUGGGGGCUGCCUUGGACUUAUGGGGAAUUACAAACCAUUAGCAUCAUGGCUGAUAGGGCAGUUUAUCUCCUGAAAGCACUUCCUAAGGAAACUUCCCAUGGAAACUUCCAGACACCACUUGUAAAGGUGGUUAUUGGUCCGAAAACAUUCUAAUGUUCUCAUUUUCAGGGUGGGAACCACCUGUACCAUCAUAGUUAGGAGGUUUCCAUCAAAGGCAAUGGGAAGCAGCAUGAGUGGUUUGGGGCACUUCUUAAAAACUGUCCCAUGUGCCAAUAGCCUUCCACAGGGCAGUUUAAUGCUAAUCUAGAAACAAUAGUAAAUCAGUACACAAAGGGGCAGAUUUGUCAAAGUACGAGUUCGAAUCCCGAAAUGGGUAAAAUUCGGAUUAGAUACGAUAAUUUCUGAUGAUUGGUAAUGUCACGAAAUGCAUAAGAAAAAAUCGUAAUAUUGUAUUGGCAAUCCGAAAGUCACUAAAUUUUCUGAACGAUCGUAAACGGUGGGAAAAGCUUUCUGACUGAUUUUGGAAGCCUCCCAUAUGACUCAAUGGCACUCUGCAGCUCCAACCUGGCCCAAGGAAAGUCUCCCAUAGGGCUCAAUGGCACUCUGCAGCUCCAACCCGGCCCAAGGAUAGUCUCCCAUAGGGCUCAAUGGCACUCUGCAGCUCCAACCUGGCCCAAGGAAAGUCUCCCAUAGGGCAUUCGGACGCCUUCGGAGCGUUUGUGGAUUAGUAAAUGUGCCCCUUUGUGUAGUGUUUUACUAUUGUUUCUAAAUUUGUGAACCAGUUUAGCAUUAAACUGCCCCGUGCAAAUACUGUAUAUCCCUAUAUAUUUAUCCAUUCCACUGACUUGAGUAUUGAUUUCUCAAGUAAGAUGCACCCACUGCCUACGCACAAAAAAAUUGCUUUUGGUGAUUGCAAACAGAAAUGCUUCAGCUUUUCAAGGGCAACUGACCCUAGCACUGACUGCUAGGCAAACUAGUGAUGCAAUUUCCGGCAACAGAAGAACAGACCAAAGCAACUAACUGUACCAUUGAGGUUUACAUGUUUCAAGUUUUCUGGUACUGUUAUCCAAGGGAUCAUCUUUUAGGUGAAAGUAACAAACCUUUUGGCUUUAAUGAAUCAAGGAACAAAGAGUAGUGUAACAUAAAACCCUGCCAAAUGUAAAAUACAGAUGUGUUCAUGUGUUUUUUAACUUUUUUAAUUUGCAUUCUCAAAAAGGGAAUAUAAGGGAGUCAUAAGACAGAACAUGUAAUACCAAUUAAUGACAGUCCACGGUGCUCUUGGGGUACUAGACAUAUUCCGACUUUAAUAGACCAAGUUGGAAGUAUUAUAUGGACUAUGCUCAACUAAGUUGAACUGUAUUGUAAAUCCCUUUGCUGCCAGAGUCACUAAUGCAAUGUAUAUAUGACCUGUACAUAUUUUUAUAAUUGGAUUUUUUUUUUAAAAUAAUUCAAUGAUUAUUUUUUAUUUCAUUUUAUAAACUUGAUUUGAAUCAAUUUAUAGUGUAAAAGGGGUUUGGAUUUUUAAGGUGUAACAAGUAGGGAUGCACCGAAUCCAGGAUUCGGUUCAGUUUUUUCGACAGACUAAGCUAAUUAGGAUUUGGAAGGGUUAAAUGUCCUUGUGAACAUGGAAGUGAAAAAAUGUUACCCCUUCCAGUUCCUAAUUAGCAUCUGCUAAUUAGGAUUCGGUUCGGUAUUCGGUCGAAUCCCUUGGGAUGGAUUCGGGGGUUUGGUGCAAGGUGUUUUAUGCAGCAAAAAUAAGGUGUCUGUCUAUGCACUGGGAAGGCGCACUUUAGAGCAGAACAAAAAGAAAUCUGUGCUAUCUGUGUUUUCUGUUGCUACUAAAAAAUACCAUGUGAAAAAGUUUAAAACACUUAAUAUUUCAAUGUGAAGUUUACCUUCAAAUCAGCACUGACAUGUACUGUAGAUAUAUUGCCACUGUAGCAUUUUUAAGGUAAUGGUACAGGGUGUGAGGAGAAAUACCCCUGCAUAGAGUAUUAUAGUAAUCGAACCGAUCCAGCCGGUCAGUGCAGAGUGCAGUUACCAUGUUAGUCUGUGCAGGGGUAUUUACAAGUGUUUAACCCUGGGGUCUGCAUACCAUCCCUCUGCUUAUUCCCCUCUCUCCCCAAUCUCUGGUAUCUUUCCCAUAGAUCAUUCCCCUCUAAUUGUGUCACACCUCCCCCCCCCAUUUGUGCCUGGGGCACAUACAUCUUCUGCCUACCCAAAGUUACCACUUUGUCUGCUGCAUUAUAUAAAAAUCACCAGAAUGCCCUUGUUCCAUUGACAAUCUUAGGUGCAGUGGAUGUAAAUUAUAGCAGUAAAAAUUGUCCAAAAUUAACCCAUGUGCCAUUGCCUUUUUAGGUUAUAUUGUUCUUUAACUGGAGCAUCAGUAAGGUUGGGCACUACAGAUUACAUGUUUUUAAAUGCAAAGUGGACACUUUUUUAAAUUAAUGUUUACAGGAAUUUGGGAACCUAUUGUCUAACCUAUGGGUUAGAAAAGAGAUCCCCACAUCUUUAUAAUGCUUUAUAAUCAGGUGAAGUUCCUUGCAAUAGAACAGAGCAGUUACAAUGAGGUGCAUUUUUGAUUCCAAACCAGUUUUUGGGGUGAAAAGCUGAUUCGUCUGCUUUGAUAAACCUCAAAUAUAUUAGAAAGGUAAAGAAACUGACUUAAAUUUCCUGUAAAUGUCUCCUUUCUUUAAUGCCCUCCACAGUGCUGUGAAUGUACGACUGUGAUUAGCACCUUAUUUGAAAAUAUGGCUGUUCUAAUGUUUAACUGCUGAAGAUUUAUUAAAAUAGACUUUACAAGA